GCCGCCCCGACUCGCGGCUCUCCCUUCCUCCGCUAGCGCCGCCCGGACUGGGCGCGCGGAGGCCGGCGUCGGAGGCUCACGCCCUGUGGCUUCUCCCUUCCAGGACGGCCCCGCGGGAGCCGCAGCCGGAGCGGCCACUCGGAGUGUGCCCGGCCCGGAGUCGCCGCGUGGAGGGCCGGCUCCGCCGUGGGCUGCCGCCAGCUGGCCGGGACCCGCCGCCUUUGUGUGUGAAGCCCCUGGAAAUGGAGCAGGGCGAAGGCAGCUGAGGCGCGCGUCCGAGGGAAGACCUCCCGCACAGAGCCCCAGCGACGCCCGAGCGUGUUCCUGGCGAGGAGCGGUGCGCGGCGGCGGCGGCGCCCACCCCGAUGUGUUCUCCGCAGGGCCGGCCCCCUGUGUGCAGCCUGGGAUGAGAUGAUGGCCACGCGUCGGACGGGCCCGCCUGCCGGAGACGCUGAGCAGCUCGAGGCCCCAGCCCGCGAGGUAUCAAAAAAUAAAGAUGGAAAAGAACAAAGUAAAACUGUAUCACCGUCCGAAGAUGAAACUUUCUCCUGGCCAGGUCCCAAAACAGUUACGUUGAAAAGGACAUCUCAAGGCUUUGGCUUUACACUAAGGCAUUUUAUUGUUUAUCCUCCAGAGUCUGCAAUUCAGUUUUCAUAUAAGGAUGAAGAAAAUGGAAACAGAGGAGGAAAACAGAGAAACCGCUUGGAGCCAAUGGACACCAUAUUUGUUAAACAAGUUAAAGAAGGAGGACCUGCCUUUGAAGCCGGACUGUGCACAGGUGAUCGGAUCAUUAAAGUCAACGGAGAAAGUGUCAUUGGAAAGACCUAUUCCCAAGUAAUUGCUCUAAUCCAGAACAGUGGUACAACAUUGGAACUUAGUGUGAUGCCAAAAGAUGAAGACAUUCUCCAAGUGCUACAGUUUACCAAGGAUGUCACAGCACUGGCAUAUUCUCAAGAUGCCUAUCUGAAAGGCAACGAAGCCUACAGUGGCAAUGCCCAGAAUAUACCUGAGCCUCCACCAAUUUGCUAUCCCUGGCUGCCACCUGCCCCUUCAGCCAUGGCACAACCAGCUGAAGUAUCUCCUCCAGACUCAUCCUUGAAUAAACAACAAACCACUACACCGGUCCUGACACAGCCUGGCAGGGCCUACAGAAUGGAAAUACAAGUGCCUCCAUCACCAACAGAUGUUGCAAAAUCAAACACAGCAGUGUGUGUUUGCAAUGAAAAUCUAAGAACUGUCAUUUUGCCUUCUGAGAAGGCUGUAGACUUGUUACCCAAUAGAAACAACCAUGCAGGUCCUUCACAUAGAACUGAAGAGGUGAGGUAUGGUAUAAGUGAGCAGACCUCUUUAAAAGCAGUGUCAAGAACCAUAUCACCAUCGUCAGUUUCUACUGCCCAUGUAGUUCAUCAGACUGCAGGCUCCAGGUCAUUAGAACCUUCUGGAAUUCUGCUGAAGUCUGCAAAUUACAGUGGACAUUCGGAAGGGAUCCCAAGCAGUAGAUCGCAAGCUGUGGAUUCUCCUUCUGUAUCUGUUAAUCACUGUUCCCCCAGUUCCCAUCAGCACAUAGACUGGAAAAACUAUAAAACUUACAAGGAGUAUAUUGAUAACAGGCGCCUGCAUAUGGGCUGUCGGACAAUUCAAGAAAGGUUGCACAGUUUAAGAGCGGCCUCUGAGAGCCCACCGGACUACAGCCGGGUGGGGCCUGGCCGCACAGCCCUGCAGGCACGCCGCCGAAGCACCUCUCAGGACAGGGCACCCCCGGCCGCCCAGCUCCGACCGCGCAGUGUGUCCCAGGAGAGGCUGGAGGACCCGGUGCUGAUGAAGUACUGUCCGAGAAGUGCAUCUCAAGGAGCGCUGACGUCCCCAUCCAUUAGUUUUAGUAAUCACAGAACUCGCUCGUGGGAUUACAUCGAGGGACAGGGUGAAACCUUAGAAAACAUUAGUUCUGAAAAUCAAAUACCUGAUUCCAAUGGAGAGCGAAAACAGACAUACAAGUGGAGUGGGUUUACUGAGCAGGAUGACAGACGAGGUAUCUAUGAAAGAUCCAGGCAGCAAGAAGUUCGUAAGUCUUUUCGAGGUUCGAAUUUGACCGUGGCCCCAAGUGUGGUCAAUUCUGAUAACUGGCGGAUCGGUGGUAGAGGAGUGGGAUCUGUGUCACAGUUUAAAAAACUUCCACUGGAUUUUAAAACUCUGCCUUCCAACAGAGGUUUUCAGACUGCUGGUGGCAUGUCGCUGCCUCGGGGCAUUUCACAGGACAGGUCGCCUCUUGUGAAAGUCCGGAGUAAUUCUCUGAAAGCGCCUUCUGCACAUGUGGCAAAACCAUCAUUUAGCCAGAAUUCACUGGUUUCUGUCAAAGACCAAAGACCGGUAAAUCAUUUGCAUCAAAACAGCGUUUUGACCCAGCAGACGUGGUUCAGGACUGAGAGUGCUCCAGGUCCCCAGGGGGAGCCAGGGAAGGCGCCCUCUGUCCCUGGAGCUUCUGCCAGGCCUGGCCCUCAGCUGGGCGAGUGCAUGGGCACUUCAGAUUUGGAAUUAGCUGCCAGUCACAGGAAUCAGGAUCUAAAUUUACAGGAGACUGACGUCCAGCCGUCACAUGCUUUAGACGGCAAAGAAACUGUCGUCCUACGAGAAAAGCCUCCGUCCGGCCGCCAGAUGCCACAGCCUUUGAGGCACCAGUCGUACAUCUUGGCAGUGAACGACCUGGAGUCCGGAUCCGACACCACCUGCUGGUUGCCGAAUGACGCCCGCAGGGAGGUGCACAUGAAGAGGAUGGAGGAGAGGAAGGCCUCCACUGCCAGUCCGCCCGGCGACUCCCUGGCUUCCAUCCCGUUUAUAGAUGAGCCGACGAGCCCUAGCAUUGACCACGAUAUCGCACACAUCCCUGCGUCUGCUGUGAUCUCAGCCUCAGCCUCUCACGUGCCCUCGGCAGUGACAGUCCCUCCCAGCCUCACCACUUCAGCUCCUUUAAUUCGGCGCCAGCUCUCGCAUGACCAAGAAUCUGUGGGACCUCCCAGCCUGGACGGCCAGCCCAGCUCAAAGACAGAAAGGUCCAAAUCCUAUGACGAAGGUCUGGAUGAUUAUAGAGAAGACACAAAAUUAUCCUUUAAGCACGUAUCUAGCCUGAAAGGAAUCAAGAUCGUUGACAGCCAGAAGUCAUCAGAAGACUCCGGGUCCAGGAAGGGCUCUUCCCCGGAGGUUUUCAGUGAUGCAGCCAAGGAAGGGUGGCUCCAGCUCCGACCCCUUGUCACCGAUAAGGGGAAGCGAGUUGGUGGAAGUAUUCGGCCCUGGAAGCAGAUGUAUGUUGUACUCCGAGGCCAUUCGCUCUACUUGUACAAAGACAAGAGAGAGCAGAGCACUCCGUCUGAGGAAGAGCAGCCCAUCAGCGUCAACGCCUGCCUGAUCGACAUCUCCUACAGCGAGACCAAGAGGAAGAACGUGUUCCGACUCACCACAUCUGACUGUGAGUGCCUGUUUCAGGCCGAAGACCGAGAGGACAUGUUAGCCUGGAUCAAGACCAUCCAGGAGAGCAGCACCCUAAACGAGGAGGAUACUGGAGUUACUAACAGGGAUCUAAUUAGCCGAAGAAUAAAAGAAUAUAACAGUUUGAUGAGCAGCAAAGCAGAACAGUUGCCAAAAACACCUCGCCAGAGCCUCAGCAUCAGGCAGACUUUGCUUGGCGGUAAAUCAGAGACAAGGACUCAGAGUCCACACUCCCCAAAGGAAGAGUCAGAAAGGAAGCUUCUCAGUAAAGAAUCAAAAGAUGAUACCAGUCCCCCAAAAGACAAAGGCACAUGGAGAAAAGGCAUUCCAAGUAUCGUGAGAAAGACAUUUGAAAAAAAGCCUGCUGCUACGGGGACAUUCGGCGUCAGACUCGAUGACUGCCCUCCAGCUCACUCUAACCGGUAUAUUCCAUUAAUAGUUGACAUAUGUUGCAAAUUAGUUGAAGAACGAGGUCUUGAAUAUACAGGUAUUUACAGAGUUCCUGGAAAUAAUGCAGCGAUUUCAAGUAUGCAAGAAGAACUCAACAAGGGAAUGGCUGAUAUUGAUAUACAAGAUGAUAAAUGGCGAGAUUUGAACGUGAUAAGCAGUUUACUGAAAUCCUUCUUCAGAAAACUUCCUGAGCCUCUCUUCACAAAUGAUAAGUAUGCUGAUUUUAUUGAAGCCAAUCGUAAAGAGGAUCCUCUCGAUCGACUGAGAACAUUAAAGAGACUGAUUCACGAUUUGCCUGAGCAUCAUUAUGAAACACUCAAGUUCCUCUCGGCUCAUCUGAAGACGGUGGCAGAAAAUUCAGAAAAAAAUAAGAUGGAGCCAAGAAACCUGGCCAUCGUGUUUGGCCCAACUCUGGUUCGGACAUCAGAGGACAACAUGACGCACAUGGUCACCCACAUGCCGGACCAGUACAAGAUAGUGGAGACGCUCAUACAGCACCAUGACUGGUUUUUCACAGAAGAAGGUGCUGAAGAGCCUCUUACGACAGUGCAGGAGGAAAACACAGUAGACUCCCAGCCAGUGCCCAACAUAGAUCACUUACUCACCAACAUUGGAAGGACAGGCGUGUCCCCCGGAGAUGUAUCAGAUUCAGCUACUAGUGACUCAACAAAAUCUAAGGGCUCUUGGGGAUCCGGAAAGGAUCAGUAUAGCAGGGAACUGCUUGUAUCCUCCAUCUUCGCAGCUGCUAGUCGCAAGAGGAAAAAGCCAAAAGAGAAAGCACAGCCUAGCAGCUCGGAAGAUGAAUUGGAUAGUGUAUUUUUUAAGAAGGAAAACGUGGAACAGUGUCACAGUGAUACUAGAGAAGAGUCCAAAAAAGAAAGUGAGACCUCGGGCAGAAAACAGAGGAUCCUCGUUGCCAAAGAAAGUAGUGCUAAGAAAGACAGCAGCGCCUCAAAAGAGGAGAAGGCGGUGUUGCGGAGAGAGAGCACCCCGUCCGAGGAGCGGUCCCCCCCGCACAGCGCGGAGCCCAGCCGGUCACCCGCCCCGGACUGCCGCUUCGCCGCGCUGAAGGAAAGCCCCGGAGGCCUGCUGACCCCGAGGUCCUCCCACUUGGACGAGACGGGGUCUGACUCGGGCACGCUGCUCAGCGCCUCUUCCCGGGCUGCUCUGGCCAGGUUUCCCGCGAGGAGACCCACCAGUCCAGAGAGCGGACACAGCGAGUUUCUGGCCCGUGUCGGCACCGUCACCUCCGAUUAUCCCACCACGGCGUCCACCGCGUACCUGGCCAGCCUGGACUCCAGCAGGCUGAGCCCCGAGGUGCGGUCUGUGGCCGAAAGCAAGGGCGACGAGGCCGACGACGAGGGGAGCGAGCUGGUGAGCGAGGGGCGGCCCGUGGAGACGGACAGCGAGAGCGAGUUCCCCGUGUUCCCCACGGCGCUGGCUUGCGAGCGGCCUUUCCGGGGGAGAGCAGCGGAGGCCAGCAGGCCGGGCCGCAGGAACUCGGAAGACAGCGAGGCGAGCUGCACCGAGGGGAGCUUGACGCCCAGCCUGGACAGCCGCAGGCAGCUCUUCAGCUCACACAGACUGAUUGACUGUGACACCCUGUCCAGGAAGAAGUCCGCUCGGCUCAAGUCCGACAGCGGCAGUCUGGGCGGUGCCAAGAACGAGAACGAAACCCCUUCGAUAACGAAAGUGUUCGAGGUCAUGAAGAAGGGAAAAUCGACCGGGAGUCUGCUGCCGCCCACCAGAAAUGACUCGGAAAAGCAGGAGCCCACCUGGAAAGCAAAAAUAGCAGAUCGGUUAAAACUGAGGCCCAGAGCGCUGGCUGACGAUGUGUUUGGAGUGGGGAAUCAAAAAACAAACCCCGAGAGCGCUAAAAGGAAAAGCAUCAAGCGCAGGCACACGCUGGGCGGGCAGCGGGACGCCUCUGAGCUCAGUGUGCUGGCCUUCUGGAGGGCGCAGGAGCAGAGCGGGGAGAGAGACUCCGAACUGUCGGCCAUGAACCGGCUGCAGCCCCGGUGCGCGGCGCAGGGCCUGUCCAUCUCCGACUGGCUGGCCCGCGAGCGCCUGCGCACCAGCGCCUCGGACCUCAGCCGCGGGCCGGCCGCGGAGCCCCCGCUGGAGCUCCCCAGCGCAGUGGAGACGCAGCGCCACGCCGCCGGCAGUUCCUCCCGUGCCUCGGCUUCCGCCGCUUGGCGCCUUCUUUCCACACCGCCACAGUCACCCGACCAAGGCCACGGGGAAGGCUUCCGGAGCGCGAGCCCCAGGCCCAGUUGCGCCACCGAUGCCCCUCCUCACGAACCGUCCCAAGCCCCUGGCGGUCAGGCCUAGCCUCGUCCCUGUCGCUAACCUGGGCGCGUCCACCUGACAGACACAGAGCCACUGUUACACGCUCCGGUAACGCUGUAAAUAUUGCCUUGUACCAGAAUUGUUAUUAUGCAGCCUUCAUUCGGGCUCGUUUCAUCAUCUUGCACUGUGAAAUAGCUUUGCAGUGCAUUACUCCAGCCAGAAGAACACGUACAUGUAUUUAAGAGUAUAUGGGAUAGCUGUAUACAAAUGAGCAAGGCCUCUGUUGCAACGUACUGCCUAGUAUACCCCCAACUCACUGAAGGAAAGCGCCGGCAUUAGGGUGCAGCAAAUCUGUUCUCGGUUUCAUCACUAACAAAAGUGCCUCGUGAAAGUACGUUUGAUUUUUAGGGUGCCAUAUUGUUCAAAUUAGAUAACUCACAUUGAAUGAAUGAAUGCAUUUUAUCGGUAACACAUUUCAUUACAUUGACCAGUUUUAACACAGGUGGAUACAGAACUUCCAUUCUUUAGUCAUUCCAAGUGGAUCUGAGUUUUAUAUUCAAAGUUUUAAAACAGUUUUUGAGUUUUGUGUGACUUGAAUUUUUAAUCUUUCUGUAAAAUACGUAACUUAAAUGAACAUAUUAUAUGUGUAUCUUUUCUUCAGAUACCAGAUUUGAUAUAAAUGCUGUAACAUAGGUGUGUAGAUAGUGGACCCUGGAUGGAACUGGCUUCUUUAUGAGAAGAAUAUAAUUCUGCAUGAGGACUUAAUGAAUCCAAACCUGUGUCAUGCCUGUGUGCACACCCAAUUAAACACUGGAAAUAAAAAUUGUUUUGGUGACCUUUG